AUGAUGCGCACAUCAGCUCUCCGAAUCGCCUCUCAGGCCCCGGCUCUUCGGACCACUACUACCCGCCGCACGGCUGUCGCCUCGCGCCAAGUCGCCCCCGUCGCCCGAGCCCAGCGCAUCUCUAUCCGCUCGUUUGCCGAUGCGGCUGCUCCUCCCCCUCCUCCCCCGUCCCAGCCCGUCGGCGGCGGCAACACCGGCAUGUUUAUCGUUCUCGGUGCGCUCGUCGCUCUCGGUGGUGCCGGGUACAUGUACCUCAAGCCUGUUCGUGACCUCGCCGCGACCGCCAACAACACCGUCAAGACUGUCAAGUCUGGUGCUGACACCUCCUCCGACCUCGUCGCCUCACUCGCCAAGUCCGUCCUUCCCCCAGGCGUAUUCGGGAUCUACUCUGCCCUCGCCCAGUCCGAAGGCGGGAUCAACGGUCUCCUCUCCAGCUUGAAGGACAAGGACAUCCAGGGUGUGCUUGACCAGGUCAAGGCGUCAGGCGGGGACGACGUGAAGCGGAUCGUCGAGAAGGUCGAGAAGCGCGUCAAGGCCGCGAACGGCAAGGUCCAGGAUGUGGACUGGAAGGCGCUCGCUGAGGAGUUGAAGAAGGAGCUUCCUGAGGCGAGCCAGAAAUACGUCGAUAUGUUUAUCGGCCAGAUCCCUAGCAAGGAGGACUACGACCAGUUCGUCUCCAAGCUGAAGAAGGCGGGUCAGGAGAAGACCAAGGAGAUCGAGGCGGCCGCAAGCAAGGUCAUGCAGCAGGUCGAAAAGGCCAAGAAGGAGGGUAAGGGGACGGCAGAUGCGUACAUCAAGGGGCUUAAGGAGGCUGCACCCGCCGAUGUCGACGCCCUUAUCCAGCAGAUCAAGGACGCCGCCAAGUCUGCCGGUCUCCCUGCCGACCAGAUCGAGUCAUGGAUGAAGUCCAAGGCUGAGGAUGGAAAGGUGGACGUUGAGGCGAUGGCCAAGAACCUCGAGAGCAAGCUCAAGAUGGCCGCCAAGUUCCUCCCCGGAGAGCCCAGGGACCUCGUCGACCAGGUCAAGCAGUUCUCGCCUUCCCUCGCUGGUCUGCUCGCUCAGUCGAUGAAGCAGGCGGGGAUUGUCGAUGACAGCUUGAACAGGAAGAAGUAG